AGGCCGGGCAUUGCAGAACUUGCUAAACCACCGCGAUCUCAGCCACGCUUCGGGCAUUAAGUGCACAGUUUCCUGAGUCGUACCAGCAGUAACAGCAAAGUCAAGAGUGUUUGUGUGGGAUUCUCAGUCGCCAAAAAGAGAUUCCACCGAUUCCGCAUACUAUUACGCUUAUCGGUAGUGUAUAAUAACGAGGUUAUUUUUAAUCCGCAACAAUACUUCUAGUAUAGCCGGUUUUUCCGACGUGCCGCUGCGUUAGUCUAAUCCGGGCAGUGAAAGUGAACAGUUGUACCCGAAUACUUCAGUAAAGGUGGGUGUUUCGAAUCAAGGAUCCGAGUAGGCUAAGAGAAAGUGCUGCCAGUUGUGUCAUAUUUUAAAACCGCCUGUCGAAGCACUUAGAAAAUAUGGCCCUUGUCGAAAGUACUACCAAGACUGAAAUGACAAUCACCGAGUCGCAGACACCUGUCAUCUCGAAGGAAGUUGUUGUGGAAAAAUCCUCGGCCGGUGUUUCCGAGAAAAGUGUGACACAGUCCAAGAGCUAUGGUGCCAGCAGCGAGAAGGAAAUCGUCGAAGAAAGCGAUAAUUCCAUUUCCAAAUCGGUGGAAAAAUCCGAAUCCUCGUUCGCAUCCGAACGAAACGUAUCCCAGAAGGUGUCCGAAACGGGAUCGUCGAAUUCGUCACUGCUUUCUUCGUCGUCGGUGGUUAGUUCCGUGACCAGCAGUAAAGUAGUUUCCUCCUCGUUCAGUUCGUCCACCUCAUCGUCGCUGUCGAGCAUUAAAACUUCUUCCUUCGACUCCAGUAGUGCUAUCGAUGAGUUUUUCAAAAACUAGUAUGACCACCUUUGCAUUUGAUUUUAUUCAACCGAAUAUUUUUAUUUAAAAAAAAAGAUGUUUGUAUCGAAAAAUUCCUUAGCUUUCUUUACCUUUUGAGUUUAGCCGUGUCCUGUAAGCAAAUAAUUUAUAACGAAAUUGUGAAAAUAAGAAUAAAGAAAAGAUGAUGUUCGAUUCA